UGCACGAUUGCCAGUACCGUCGACGUGAGCUUCUCCGUCAACGUCACAACGCAAUGGCUCGAAGGGGUAUCUGUAGUCGGCUCGAUUGCCGCCUUGGGGACCUGGGCCACAGCUUCGGGAUACAAUCUGAGUGCCACGACGUACACCUCUACCAACCCGAUCUGGAGUGGUGGUCCCGUCAGUCUUGCGGCGGGAACGUCGUUUCAGUAUAAAUUCAUCAAGUACAAUUCUACGAGUAAUGCUGUGACGUGGGAGUCGGGCUCGAAUCGCGAUUAUACUGUCCCUAGGAGCUGUGCUACGACUGCUUUGGUGAGUGGUGUGUGGCAGGCAUAA